AUGAGCGAAAUCAAGACAGCAAAGAAUGAUGCCGCCCUGGCACCUUCAGUGAUAAGCGCUGAGGGCACCGAUUCGAAGGUCAUGGUCGAAGACUGUGUUAUCAGACCAAAAGUGCACUUCAGCUUACUCAGUGCAAUCGGUGUGCAAUACUCUGUCACAAGUGCCCCGGUCGCUAUAGGAACAUACCUGUCUCUGGCUAUUGGACUUGGAGGAUCUCCAGCUUACUUCUGGGGCUUCUUCAUGGUUGGAUUCUUCCAGUUGGCUGUUUGUCUAGCUACUGCUGAACUGGCAUCUGCGAUUCCUCACUCUUCUGGGCCCGCAUAUUGGGUUACGGCUCUAGCAAGCCCUCACUACUCUCGCACCUUGGGCUAUAUCAUGGGCUGGCUAACCAACGCUGGAUGGUUCUUCAUCAGCGCGGCCUCUUGCCUCUAUCCGGCACAAAUUACCAUGGGACUCAUAGAAACUGCACACCCAGAUUUCGUGGCUAAGCCGUGGCAAACUUAUCUUGUAUACAUGGCUUUCGCACUAUUGUUCCUCACUAUCAACCUGCCGAAGAUCUUCAAAACUGUCAACUGGCUCCUGAAGGCAGUUGUGUUUGCCGUCAACGGCACCGCCAUCUAUUUAUUCAUCGGUCUACUCGUUCGAGCGAAACCCAAACAAUCAGCUCAUUUCGUCUUUGUCGAAUUUUCCAACCAUUCGGGCUGGUCCUCCAAUGGUGCCGUCUUCUUUCUCGCCCUCUUGCCUGCAAUAUCCUGUUUGUCCGCUUUCGACAACGUCACACACCUGACAGAUGAGCUGGAGAAUCCCAAGAAGCAAGUCCCGCAAGUUCUCUUGGGAUCCUUCCUCAUGAGCUACUUGACCGCCCUGCCUAUGAUCAUUGUGUAUCAGUUCUGCAAUGUCGAUCCAGAGAGCUUGCUGGAACCGGCUGGCGGUCAGCCAAUUAUUCAACUAAUGCAGAAUGCGUUCCGCUCCUUUCCCAUGUCAGCAGUUGGAGCAAGCCUCAUAUUGUUUUGUUUCUUUGUAGCGGGCGCAUCUGCUUUAAUUAGUUGGUCAAGACUCUACUGGUCGUUCUCACGAGAGGGAGCACUUCCUCUCUCUGGAACCAUGUCCAAGCUAUCCUCUCAUGACGCCUUGCCAAUUAAUGCUCUGUGCUGGAACACAUUCUUGGUUCUGGCAAUUGGCACUAUCAGUAUUGGAUCUACAACAGCAAUGAAUGCACUUCUGGGAGCGGCAAAUUUGUGCAUUAUAUCUGCAUUCAUUGCUGCAUUUGGGCUUACACUGUACCGAGGCCGAAAAGUACUCGAUCCGGAACGAUGGAUGAAUCUAGGACGUUGGGGUGAUGUCAUCUUUUGGUUGUCCAUGCUGUGGCUGAUACUCAUCUGUGUCAUGCUAUGCAUGCCGCUCUAUCUUCCUGUGACUCUUGAGACGAUGAAUUGGACGUCAGUUGUAUAUGUUGGUGUCAUUUUCCUUUCGGCGGUUUACUGGUUCGCAGUCUAUUCGAGGAAGAAUCUCGACACAUGA